AUGGCGCUGCUGCAGGACGCCGACAACGUGGACGCGCUCGACGCGGCGCUGAACUUCAUGGAUGCGUACAUGUCCCGUCCGCACGUGCUGCCGUCGCCGCUGGCCCCGCUGGCCGCAAACGCGAGGGCCCCCGACGUCGCCAGCGUGAAGGGCAACGGCCGCCUCCGAAGCGGGUGCCGCGGGUCGACAUGCCAGCCGUCGAGCGAUGCAAAAGUAGCAGCCAAGGACACGGCGAAGAAGCGCAGCAAGGUAAACCCGAACCGGGCUCGCAACGAGCGCAAGAACGAGCUGGCCUACCUGCGUAGCAAAGUCAAGCAAAUGGAGACCGAGCUGGGCGAGCUGCAUCGCCACCACCGCGUUGCGCUUCCGCACGCCGAUGCGACCUUGACCUCCAAUGCUGGCCCGCUCCCUCCCUUCUGGCGAGACAUGGCUACGCGACAGAAACUGCGGCGGGAGAAGUCGGAGCGCGAGAACGCGCGCCUGAAGCUCGUGCUCGAGGGCCAGAUCAAGUUGGCUCGAUGCAUGGAGACUCUGCUCCAGAAGCGCGCGCGGCAACAGGUUUCCGAGUGCGCGGGCUACGUUAGCAAGGACAGGGUACAGGGGCGGACGCUGGACUUCCUGGCCGAUAAGAGCACGUUCGAUGCGCUCCUGACGAGCGUCGACGCCGCCUACCACGAGGUGGACGAAGUGCUUGCUCUGAAUGGCCUCAUCGACAGCGAAACUCCGAGCCGCGACGCGCGCAUGCGCGAAGGCGCCAACGGCAUGUACCUGGACAUCAACAGCAACAAGCUGCUCCCGUUCAGCAAGGAAGCCGUAGCCACUGCCGUGUGGAACCGCUUCAAGGGAAGCGAUAAACACCGCUGCAACUUUUACGAGAAGGCCGCCAAGGCACUCGAGUCAGCGGACGACACCGUGAUGGAGGACUUCAAGAUGGAGUUCGUGGGGAAAACAACGCGCGCAAAUUUCCGAGUGAAGCAGGUGCUGCGGCGCUAUGUGGAGGCCGACCGCGAAGUCGUGGUCUUCCUCUCGAGCGCGCACUCUCUGGACGAAGGCAAGUUCCGGCCCUUCGCAGGCCUGGGCUUUGCGGAGAAGGCCUACGUGGUCAUCAAGCAACCAAUGUCGCCGGCGCUACACAAGGGCGGCUUCACGGUGCUGCAGAUGUGCAGCCUCGUAGUCCCGCAGAAGGCAGACAGCUGUGUGCAGGACGCGAUGGCCGUCGGCGCCUUCACGGAGUUCGUGCUGAACGUGAUCGUCGCGAACGCCACGGUCAGCCAGGAGAGGAUCGAGAACGUGCUGCUCGACGAGGCCCUGAAGCGAUCGCGGGUAGAGUGA